AUGUCCACAGAAAUACAUCUUCAGAAGUGGGACACAGCUCGCGAUGGAGUCCUCAGUGAUGAGAACAUGAGAAAAAAACUAGAAUCCAUGGGGUAUCGAUGCACUAAAUAUGUGUUCUCUCCAGGGUCUGACUUUCCUGACCACACACACAGCAUGACCAAAAUGGAUGCCAUCACCUCUGGAAAGUUUCUCUUGAGUCUGCACGGUAAGCAGGUGAUCAUGGAGCCAGGAGACAUCAUAGAAGUGCCCAAAAAUACAUUACAUAAUGCUCAUGUUGUCGGCAGCGAUAAUGUCACAUUUUUUGAUUCUGUGAAAUAA